CGAUCCCGUGGGAAGAAGAGCGUUCAGACUACUAUAAUGAAGGACGAAAGUCGAAAAGGAUUUGUUUGGAUAAAACGGAAGCUGAUCCAAGAACCAAAGGAAUGUUUUUUCCCGUCGAAUUAGAAGAAAUGGAUUCAACAAAUAUUAAGGAAAAUUCAAAAUUAAGUACCGAAUUUUACAAGCAUCUCACAAAAUAUUAUGACAAGGAAACAUCGAAGUCUCAAUCCUUAUGUACAGGAUUAUCUAAA